GGGAGAGCCACACAGCCCAAACCUGCUGCUGCAGCAGCCAAAGUUACCUUCUGAUUCAUUUGUAUUAAUCCGAACAGUCCACCCCAGCCACCCAUCCUGAAUCACGGCUUACUGCUGGACUCCCUAGCAAUGCCUCCUUGGCACAAAAGUGAAAAGAAGACUGGAGUGGUAAUAUACAAUUUCAAAGCUAUCCAAGUGCCCCAGAUAUCACUACAGAUUGGGGAUGUGGUUCAUAUAUCGGAAGACCAUGAAGAUUGGUAUAGGGGAUACUUGGUCAGACAUAAAGAAACUGAGGGAAUAUUUCCAAAAUCUUUUAUCCACAUCAAAGAAAUUGCUGCUGAGAAGAAAAGGAAUGCGGAAAAUGUAAUACCUGCUGAGAUUCCAUUGGUACAAGAGGUUACCAGCACAUUAUGGGAAUGGGGUAACAUUUGGAAACAACUGUAUGUGGCAAACAAGAAGGAACACUUCCGGCAGGUACAAGCAAUGAUGUGUGAGUUAAUGGAGUGGAGAUCACAACUCCUCUCAGGGACAUUGCCCAAAGAUGAACUGAAAGAACUGAAACAAAAGGUCACUUCCAAAAUUGAUUAUGGCAACAAGAUUCUUGAGCUGGACCUCAUUGUUAGAGAUGAAGAUGGCAAUAUUUUGGAUCCUGACAAAACCAGUGUCAUCAGUCUCUUCCAUGCACAUACAGAAGCUACAAAAAAAAUCACAGAAAGAAUUAAAGAAGAAAUGUCAAAAGAUGAGCCUGUGUACGGAACUUUCUGCCGAAAUACUUCAUCCCCUACUCACAGCCUUUAUGUCUUUGUAAGAAAUUUUGUCUGCAAAAUAGGAGAAGAUGCUGAACUUUUCAUGUCCCUCUAUGAUCCCCAUAAGCAUACAGUGAUAAGUGAAAAUUACUUGGUGAGAUGGGGGAGCAAAGGUUUUGUCAAAGAAAUUGACAAUUUCAACAAUCUGAAAGUGGUUUUCACCGAUCUCGGAAACAAAGAUCUUGGAAGAGACCGGAUUUAUUUGAUCUGUCAAAUUGUACGUUUUGGAAAAAUGGAUCUCAAAGAUACUAACACCAAAAAAUAUACUCACGGCAUAAGACGGCCUUUUGGAGUGGCAGUAAUGGACAUCUCAGAUAUUAUAAAAGGAAAAGCAGAAAGUGAUGAAGAGAAACAAUAUUUCAUUCCCUUUCAUCCCGUGCCAGAGAAUGAGUUUUUGCACAACCUCUUAAGCAAGGUUACCACAUUCAAAAGUGACAGUGGCGGACAAGGAUUAUGGGUAACCAUGAAAAAGCUUGUUGGAGACAUUACUCAUAUUAGAAAGGACUACCCUCAUCUUGUUGACAGGACAACAGUUGUUGCUCGGAAGCUUGGCUUCCCUGAAAUAAUCAUGCCAGGCGAUGUAAGGAAUGACAUCUAUAUUACUUUGCUGCAUGGAGAUUUAGAUAAAUUUAAUAAAACUACUCAGAGAAAUGUAGAAGUCAACAUGUGUGUCUGUGAUGAGGAUGGAAAAGUGAUACCAAAUGUGAUUUGCUUAGGGGCUGGAGACAAGCCUGUGAAUGAAUACAAGUCAGUUGUCUACUAUCAAGUCAAACAACCCCGUUGGAUGGAGACAUUAAAGGUAGCCUUACCCAUUGAGGAUAUGCAAAGAAUUCAUUUGCGUUUUAUGUUUAGACAUCGGUCAUCUUUGGAGUCUAAAGACAAGGGAGAAAAGAACUUUGCGAUGGCCUAUGUAAAAUUAAUGAAGGAAGAUGGAACAACUCUGCUUGAUGGCAUUCAUGAACUGGCGGUUUUAAAGGGUGAUAAUAAGAAAAUGGAAGAUGUCAACAUGUACUUGAGCCUCCCUUCAACCCGCAAUCAAGUAGAACCUAAACUUUCAACCUUAAGUCGGAGCUCAAGCAUUAUCGGAGGGCUCUCUGUAAGCUCAAGAGAUUCCUUUGCCAUUUCAACUCUCAUUUGCUCAACUAAGCUAACUCAAAAUGUGGGUUUACUGGGCCUUUUGAAGUGGCGAAUGAAACCUGAGCUCUUGAAGGAAAACUUAGAAAAAUUGAAGAUUGUAGAUGGUGAAGAAAUUGUGAAGUUCCUCCAGGAUACUUUAGAUGCCCUAUUUAAUAUCAUGAUGGAACAUUCUUAUAAUGACGCAUAUGACAUUCUUGUCUUUGAUGCUUUGAUUUAUGUAAUAGGACUCAUUGCCGAUAGAAAAUUUCAGCAUUUCAAUACUGUACUGGAGGCUUACAUUCAGCAACAUUUCAGUGCAACUUUAGCCUACAAGAAAUUAAUGGCAGUUCUGAAGACUUAUUUGGAUACUUCAAGCAGAGGACAACAGUGUGAACCUAUAUUAAGAACGCUAAAAGCUCUGGAAUAUGUAUUCAAGUUCAUAGUUCGGUCAAGGACUUUGUUCUCUCAACUAUAUGAAGGUAAAGAACUGACAGAAUUUGAAGAAGCCAUGAGGAGGCUUUUUGAGUCAAUCAACAACCUGAUGAGAAGUCAACACAAGACAGCUAUUUUAUUACAGAUGGCUGCCCUGAAGUAUAUUGCAUCUGUUCUCCAAGAUGUAGAAACAGUCUUUGAUGUCAAAUUGCUCAGCCAGCUUUUACAUGAAUUUUUCACCUGCAUUCCAGCAAAGUUGCAGAAGCAAAAAGUUCAAUCAAUGACAGAAAUUGUACACAGCAGUCUCUUUAAAAAACAAGAAUGUAGAGAUAUCCUUCUCCCUGUAAUUACCAAAGAACUGAAGGAAUUACUGGAUCCAAGUGUUGAAAUGCAAAUGGUACAAGACAAAAAAUAUUGCAUUGAAUUACUCAACAGCAUUCUAGAAGUUCUCAGCUGUCAAGAUGCGGGAACAACUUAUCAGCAUAUACAAGAAAUAAUGAUCCAGUUGCUGCGCACCAUUAACAGGACUGUCAUUAGAAUGGGAAGAGAUGACCCCUUAAUCCCUCAGUUGUCUUAG